AUCUCGGCGUUGAUAACCCUAAAUUUCCAAUUCGAUUUGAAGAUCUUACUCACCCCAUCUUUUCUUUUCGAUGCUCACAAUUUCAUCGCUAAGAAAUAUCAAAUCGGGGUUUCGGAAUUCACAAAUUCGCAAGAAAGUGGGAACUUUUUGAUAUUUAUCCAUUAAUUAGCCCAGCCAUGGGAGGUCACGGUGGUUUGAACAUUCUUCCACAGAAGCGAUGGAACGUUUACAACUUCGACAACCGAGAAAAAGUCCGAAAAGACGAAGAAGCUGCCGCUAGAGAAGAGCAGAUCAAACGCGAGGAAGCUAGAAAACGAGAUGCUGAGUCUCGUCUCGAGGUGCUCCGUAACGUCCGUGGCUUAGCGCCUCUCAAACGAGCUUCUCCGGAGGCAGAGAAGGGUAAAGACGAGGCGGUGGUGGCUGCUGCUGUUAAAUCCACCACCGCUGUUGUUGUGGAGAGUGUUGAACCGGAGGAGCCUAAGACUGGUCAUAUUAAUCUAUUCGUAGGGAUUAGGAUCUUUGAUCCGAUUGAGAUCCCUAAGAACGAUAAGCCUGCGGAGGAGGAAGAUCAGAGAAGGAAAAAAAUGAGGAAAGAAGCGGCUGCGACGGCGAGAGCUUCUGCUAAGGAUGCUGCAGCGAGGGCGGGUGAUCCAGAUGAGGAGAAGUAUAGAUUGGGGUAUGGGGUUGCUGGUAAAGGUGUGAAGCGUCCUUGGUAUCUUGAGAAACGUAAUGAUGAGGAAGAUGAUAGUGUUCGUGGUGAGGAUGAUGGUGGAUAUAGAGGUGAUGAAGCUAAGAAGAAGAAGAUGAGUGGUGGGAAGAAGAGCUUGAUGGAGCUGAGAGAAGAAAGGUUGAAGAGGGAGAGGGUUGAGAAGGAAAGAGAGAGAGCCCUUUUCAUGAAACAGAGCCAGAGAGACGGUGGCUUUUCCCGGAGGCGGUGAUGGAAAUCAAAAGGAUGACAAAGAAGACUUGAUGCAAAGAUUUUAAAGGUGGUUCCACGUCUCAAAAGCCCCUUUUGUCGUCUAUCUAUAGGUGUGUAUAGAGAUGUUUCUACAGAUAGAAAAGCAGAAAGAAUGUGUAGUGAGUUUGAUGGUGGAACCUUUAUUAUUGUUUCCUGCUCAAAGAGUUAUAUUUGUGCCCCCUAUAUUCGACACCCAUAGCAAAGGUUUUGUAAAAAUGCUUUGCAAUUCAACAAAGACCUUUGGAAAAUGAUAAACAAAUGAGAGGAA